GUCUUGGCCAUGGCCUCCAGCGCCUCCCGGUUCAUCAAGUGCGUCACAGUGGGGGACGGCGCCGUGGGAAAGACCUGCAUGCUCAUCUGCUACACCAGCAACAAGUUCCCCACUGAUUACAUACCCACUGUCUUCGAUAACUUCAGUGCAAACGUGGUAGUCGACGGUACCACGGUGAAUUUGGGCCUUUGGGAUACUGCAGGGCAGGAAGAUUACAACAGACUGAGGCCACUGAGCUACCGCGGAGCAGAUGUGUUCGUGCUCGCCUUCUCGCUUGUCAGCCGAGCUAGCUACGAGAAUGUUAUGAAGAAGUGGCUACCGGAGCUUCAGCAUUAUGCACCGGGUGUCCCCAUAGUGUUGGCCGGAACUAAAUUGGAUCUUCGUGAAGACAGGCACUACUUAGUUGACCAUCCUGGUGCGGUACCUGUUACUACAGCACAGGGGGAGGAACUGCGCAAGCACAUUGGCGCAACUUGCUACAUCGAAUGCAGCUCAAAAACUCAGCAGAAUGUGAAAGCUGUGUUUGAUGCUGCCAUCAAGGUAGUAAUCAGGCCUCCGACGAAGCAGCGAGAAAGGAAGAAAAAGAAAGAACGGCGAGGAUGCUCAAUAUUCUGCAGCCGUAUCAUGCACGCAAGAAGACUAGGAUGCUUCAAGUGAUAGAAGGCCUUCUUCGACGAUAACGUAGGCUUCUAAGAUGAAUCGAGAUCGUGUAUAGUUUGUCUCCAUGUUCCAAAGUGCUCGUUGCGCUUGUGCACUUGGGCUGGUAAUGUGUAUAUUUAGUCUUUGCCAAUUGAUAUUUAGGAGAAAUAUUAAGCACUUCGUUUAUGUACCAUUGGCUCAUAAUGAGCUGGGAAGUCCAAUACAUACUAAGAAGUAACAAUAUUUUCUUCCGAUGAUUUUAUUAUGGUUUCUCGU